GAUGCGGCAGGCUGUCCGGGCCGGCGUGUAGAGAGGGCGGGUCCCUCGGCCUCCCGAGCACGGCGGUGGAGGUGACGGAGGCUGCCGCCAUGGCGACCCCCGGCAGCCUGGGGUCCUCCGUCCUGGCGAGCAAGACCAAGACCAAGAAGAAGCAUUUCGUAGCUCAGAAAGUGAAGCUGUUUCGGGCCAGCGACCCGCUGCUCAGCGUGCUCAUGUGGGGGGUCAACCACUCGAUCAAUGAAUUGAGCCAUGUUCAAAUCCCUGUCAUGUUGAUGCCAGAUGACUUCAAGGCUUACUCAAAGAUAAAAGUGGACAAUCACCUUUUCAACAAAGAAAACAUGCCGAGCCACUUCAAGUUCAAGGAAUACUGCCCAAUGGUUUUCCGGAAUCUGCGGGAGAGAUUUGGAAUUGAUGACCAGGAUUUUCAGAAUUCCUUGACCAGAAGUGCACCCCUUCCCAAUGACUCCCAGGCACGCAGCGGGGCUCGGUUUCACUCAUCCUAUGACAAAAGAUACAUCAUCAAGACCAUUACCAGUGAGGACGUGGCUGAAAUGCACAACAUCCUGAAGAAGUACCACCAGUAUGUAGUAGAAUGCCAUGGGGUCACCCUUCUUCCCCAGUUCUUGGGAAUGUACCGCCUUAAUGUUGAUGGAGUUGAAAUAUAUGUGAUCGUUACAAGAAAUGUGUUCAGCCACCGCUUAUCUGUAUAUAGAAAAUAUGACUUAAAGGGCUCUACAGUGGCUAGAGAAGCUAGUGACAAAGAAAAGGCCAAAGAACUGCCAACUUUAAAGGAUAAUGAUUUCAUUAAUGAGGGCCAAAAGAUUUAUAUUGAUGACAACAACAAGAAAGUGUUCCUGGAAAAGCUGAAAAAGGAUGUCGAGUUCCUUGCCCAGUUGAAGCUCAUGGAUUACAGCCUCCUUGUAGGAAUUCACGAUGUGGAGAGGGCUGAGCAAGAGGAGGUGGAGUGUGAAGAGAAUGAUGGAGAGGAGGAAGGAGAGAGUGAUGGCACCCACCCCAUCGGGACCCCACCAGACAGUCCUGGAAAUACUCUAAACAGCUCACCACCUCUGGCUCCUGGGGAGUUUGAUCCAAGCAUUGAUGUUUAUGGAAUUAAAUGCCAUGAAAAUUCUCCUAGGAAGGAGGUGUACUUCAUGGCCAUUAUUGACAUCCUUACUCACUAUGAUGCAAAAAAGAAAGCUGCCCAUGCUGCAAAAACUGUUAAACAUGGCGCUGGAGCUGAAAUCUCAACCGUGAACCCUGAACAGUAUUCAAAGCGCUUUUUGGACUUUAUUGGCCACAUCUUGACAUAACCUCCCAUACAGCCUUGGAUGGACAUGAACAAGAGAAAGCCAACAGUGGCUUUGGUAUAGGAAAAGAAAAAAACAAACUCAAAUGAAAUGCUCAUCUUGCAGGAAGCAAACUUCCUUGUUUACAUCUUCAGACUGAGAUGACUGAUAUGGGGCUACUCGCUUUAACAGCUACAUGGUAUUUCCCAGCAUCUUUCCAGCUACUUCUGACUCUGUGUGUGUGUGUGUGUGUGUGUGUAUACACACCCAUGUGCAUUUUAAAAUAAUUAACUGAUUAACUACAACUCCUCAGCAGGAAUCAGAGUGUGUUUAACAACAAAACUCCUCUGAUUCCAGUUGUGGCCAGAUGGAUGGAUGGGUGGAUAGAUGGAUGAUGG